AUGUUGAGAUGUUGUAGACUAUAUAAUGGAGGCAAUUACUCCACUUGUCUACUCCCAUCAAUAUCCUUCUUUCACAGAUCAUACACUAGUGACAACAACCAGUUCACGAGUGGAUAUGAUAGGGACUAUGAAUGGAAGUCAUCAUUCAAGCAACAACAACCAACAUUGGGAGGUUUGAAGAGAAAGAAGAGGAGUGUACUCACUGGUGAAGAGCGCAGUACAGACAAGAAUGCCAAUAUGGACAUAUUGAACAAGUUUGGUCUAUUACAUAAGGGUGUCAUCAGUACCAGUACCAGUACCAAUCCAAGUUCAAACUCGACUGCUCCCUCUACAACAUCCACUUCAUCUGACAAACAGACAGCCGACACAUCAUCAGAGUACAGCGAUCUUGUUGAGUAUCAUCCAAGCAUGACACGCAAGAGAGUCACCAACAACAUCAGCACCAACGAGAGCAUCGACGCAUCCAAUGGUGAAGAUAUCGCAAAGAUCACCAAGCCAAAGAGGACACGCAAGACAAAGAAGACUGAGGCAUCAACUGAGACGACUUUAGGUGUUGAUGCCGAUGUAUCAACAACAUCGACUACAAAGGUCAAGAGGACAAGAAGGAAGAAAAAAGAUGAGGAUGCUGAGAGCAAGACAAACGACAAGGAUGGAGCGAUCACAGUGGAGAGCUUGGAGGAACCUGUUAUCAAUCCAAAGUUGCUCCAAUCACAGGCAAAGAAGAAAGCGGCGGGAAAGAAGAAGUCGUUGGCACAGGUGGACGCGGACGAUGUAUCGAGCGAGUUUGGACACAUUGGCACUGGCAUGGUGGAGCAUGAUAUCAAUUGGCUGGUGGACAAUCAGAUGACAGUGAUCGAUGCUCCCCCAACACUGGACCCAUUCAUUGAUGACUCUGCAAAUGCCAGGCGUCCAACCUCCACGCCUAGACUGCCGCGAACAAAGCGUACCCCAGUGGUCUACGACGAGAACAUGCUCAAACGAUACAAGGAUUGGGUAUCAUAUCGCGCUCAACUCUUGGAGAGCGUGCCGGUGCAUGUAGAUCUGCCCGACCUGCCCCAAGAGUCAUUCAAUGUUACAACGGCCAAUGCACCCCAGUCGCCACUUAAUCGACCCUUCCCAUGGGACAAGUUCGUUGAGGGAUGCAAUCGACUCGUGUUCCAAAACGACAAGCUGCGGCUCCUGCAACAGGAGGCGAUCAACUCAGUGCUCUAUCGUCGAGAUACAUUCAUCAGUUUGCCAACGGGUGGUGGCAAGUCACUUUGUUUCCAACUGCCCGCCCUUAUAGACUCUGGCGUCACACUUGUCGUGUCGCCACUGUUGGCUCUGAUGUAUGAUCAAGUGUCCAAGAUGCAACAGUUGGGCAUCCCAGUGUGCUCACUAAACAGUUCCAUCACAGUUGGAGAGAAGAGGAAGAUCAUCAGUGACCUCCUUGACCCAAAUGGGUGUCCAUACAAGCUACUCUAUGUCACGCCAGAGCGACUGGCAAGCCCUGAUUUUGCCAAGAUCCUGGAACAUUUAAACAAGACAUCACAACUUAGAAGACUGGUUGUGGACGAAGCACAUUGUAUAUCAGAGUGGGGACAUGACUUUAGAAAGGACUACCGCAAGCUGUCAAACUUUAGAACAACAUUCCCAGAUAUACCAAUCACUGCAUUGACGGCAACGGCCACUCCCAGGGUAGAGACAGACAUCAAGGCACAGUUGAUAAUGAAGAACACGGUCAAUGUCCGUGCAAGCUUUGUUCGAUCCAAUCUCAAGUAUGAGGUUCGACGCAAGAGUGCAGACUUCUCCGUCGUGUCCAACGACAUCACAUCAUUCAUCAAGAGACGACACGGCCAAUCAGCAGGAAUAAUAUAUUGUUCGACGACAAGAGAGUGCGAGAUGCUUGCCGAUCACCUGAAAGACAGUGGACUCAGUGCGGACUUUUACCAUGCAGGACUCAACUCUACCAAGCGAGUCAACAUCCAACAGAGAUGGCUUGAAGGGGACUUCAAGAUCGUCUGUACCACCAUCGCCUUUGGCAUGGGCAUUGACAAGUCUGACACUAGAUUCGUCAUCCAUCACUCAGUUCCAUCAUCAAUCGAAGCGUAUUACCAACAAACUGGAAGAGCUGGCAGAGAUGGUAGACUGAGUGAUUGCCUGCUGUACUACCAUCGCAAUGAUGUCAAGAGGUUGUUGGUGAUUGGUUCCAGGUCCAUCAUGGCAUCUACUCCAGACGAAUAUGAAAAGAUAGCGGUGUCAAAGGCAGAGAACUUGGACACGGUAUCAUCAUAUUGUGUAAAUAGCGUGUGUAGGAGGGUGUCGUUGAUGGAGUACUUUGGAGAGAAGGUCAAGGCCUGCCGUACACAUUGCGACAAUUGUGUGGCGCCAAAGUCAAAGGAACACUUUAGAGACAAGGGUGUUGUGGACGAGGACGACGACACAGAUCUCAACGCCAGCAUCUACACCUCACGGCACAGCUUUGCCAGCGAGAGGAAGCGACCCAAGCGAGGAUCAGCCCGAUUCAUAUCCAACAAUGAAGAUGAAGACGAGGACGAUGAUGGCAGUGAGGAGGUCGAUUGA